AUGGGCAACGAGGCGAUAACAUUCGCCGCUGGAAAAGUAGUCUGUGGCCGAUGGAGGGUGAUCUCACGGCUCGGUGCAGGUGGUUGCGGUAGUGUGUACAAAGUGGAAGAUCUCCAGCAGAAGGGUUACAUUGCCGCACUAAAAGUCGAAGCCAUUGUUGAAGACGACAGUGGCGUACUAAAGCUUGAAGCAGCUGUACUGAAGAAAUUAGCAGAUAGAAAGAACGUAAUACGACUACUCCAAUCCGGAAAGCGCUCGAAAUACAGUUUCAUAGUAAUGACUAUAUGCGGCUCGGAUCUGAUGUCACUGAAGAAGAGAUCGCCAGAAGGUUUUAGUGAAAACACCAUACUUCGUAUUGGUAUAUACGCACUCUAUGCCAUAAAACAGCUACACGAGAUCGGGUUUGUACAUAGAGAUGUGAAGCCAGGCAAUAUGAUGAACGGGGCUAGUGGAAGAGAUCGUCGUAUAAUAUUCCUCAUAGAUUACGGUAUGGUACGGAAUUUCGUUAUACGAGGAGCUAAGGGGAUAUCCAUGCGAAAACCAAGGAAGAACGUGCUUCUGCGGGGCACAUUAAGGUAUUGCUCAUUGAGCGUACAUAGGCGACUAGAACAGGGCCGAGUAGAUGAUUUGUGGGCGAUGCUUUACAUGCUCGGCGAAUUAUACGUUGGACUACCGUGGAAUCGGAUUACUGUAGAGAAAGAAAUAGUAAAAAUAAAGGAAAGCGAAACGGAUGAGAACGUUUUUAAGGAGUGUCCAGAGGAAUUUGUGGCUAUAGCUAAGUAUUUGCGGACGCUGAACUAUCAAGAUAGACCAGACUAUUUUAAGCUGUACACAUGGUUUAUGGGCGCAAUGAAACGGGAAAAAUACACAUUUUCGGAUAAGUACGAUUGGGAAGACGAUAGCGUUUUCGCGGCAAAAUUAAAUACAGCUAUUGACUACAGUACUCGCGAGAAGAAAACAAAAAAAGCGCUGGAAGGUUAUGAAAAAGAGGCGCUUCUCUACACAAAUAUACAUGAACGUAAUUUUAAGGAAGUGGUGCUGGAAUUAUAA